GGUCACUGCUGUGUGCAGGGGGGUUAGGAUGACAACCGUUGUGGGGGCCCGUACUGCAUACUUGGACCACUGAUUUGCAGUGGGUACUGGCACUGAGUGAGUGAGAGACUGGCACUUGGCCAUUCUGACGUGUAGUGCCUGGUGAGCUACCCCGGGAUGACCGAGGCCAGUUUGAGCUGGCCACUCCAUUUCUUUAUUCUGUUUUGGUUCUGCCAUCUGAUCAUCACAAGACACCCUGUCGUCAUAACCAAGCGUCCCAUUGGUAGCGCGGCACAGUCAGGCUCGUAAAGCUUAAUUUUUAUUAGAUGUGUUCAUCUUUAACUACUGCAGGCCUCGUGACGAGCGAAGGUCACUUGUGGUCUCUGAAGCCACUCUGCUGACAUGGCUCUGCAGAGGCUCUUGCUGUUGUUCCUGUGCUUCCCAGCUGGCGUUGGCACCUCAUGGCUGCCUGCUCUUUCAGGCUUCUGCAGUGCUGUAUACAAACAAUGGAUCCCUGACACCAACUAUGAGAAUUCUUCAAACUGGGACAGAGGCCGUGUCCCGUGUGCCACAGACCGAGUUGUCUUCCUACCAGAGAAGAAAGUCUCUGUUUAUGUGGAGUCGUCCCAUAGCAUCCUGGACCUGAACCUGCCCCGGGAUGCGGAGUUCAUUUUUGGCCACGACGCUGAGUUUGCUGCAAGCAAUGGAGCACAGGAGCCUGGAUGUGACGGAGGCACCAUCACAUUCCGAGACCCUGAUGAACACCAGUGGUAUGACCCCACCUUGUGGCAGGCCGUGGUCAGUGAAGAUGACCUGGACACCGGACACUACCUGUUCACCGUCCAUGAAGAGAGUGUCCCUUGCCACCACGACAGUGUGCUAUUCAGGCCACAGUCAUCCUUUCGGGUUGGCAUGGAUUCAGAUGAUCAAUCACUCAUCCUGCGGAGCAUCUCAGUCCUGGGCACGAAAUUCAUCAAUGACAAGGAUUUUCAGGAAUUUCUGAAGACCAACACUGGAAAGCUGCAGUUCCCUGACUUAACAGCCAUUCAAGUGACAAACGAGAGGUGCAGGGAGAAAUCGGGCUGCGAGUGUGGGAAUAGCGUGAAUCACAAUCGUAUCUGUGCCAAUCUGCUAAAGCACUUGGAAUGUCCAGCCAUCGAGUGCAGGGAGCCCCUGAAUCCAGUUGGCCACUGCUGCCCCAUCUGUGGUGCCACCCUGACUCUCCAAUACACCGAGACCUUUGACCUGGAGCUCUACAGAAACCGCCUGCAGCAUCUUUAUCUGAAUACGCCCAUGUACAGCAGCAUUCAGAUGGCCAUGUCCAAAGUGCCUAAAGCACCAGCCAUUACAGGGCUUCACCAGAGGGAGGCAGCAACAGUCAUCCAGGUGCUUCUCUUGGAUCAACAAACAGGAGAGAAUGCAGGGAGGCUGGCUGUAGCCCUGGCCAUGGAGAUCAUGAAGGACAUUAACAGCCAAGGUGCUACCUUUGGGAUCACAGAGGGGGAGGUCCAGACAGCCACUGGCUCUGGGAGUGAGAGACACACUGGAGGCAUGACGGGCGGAGCAAUUGCUGGCACUGUGGUUACACUGCUCCUGCUUCUGCUUGGUUUGGCUUCCCUUGUUGCGCUAUUUAUGAGGGGCACGCUCAGAUUUCCCACACUUCCUUUCCUGAAAAAGGCAGACAGACACAUGGAGACUCUUGGAGGACCAACUGACAAAGGAUUUGAUAACCCCAUAUUUGACACGGAUAUGCCAAUGGACUUGCCAGGCCUGUACUCUACAAAUGAGGCCCUAAAAACAGUCAGCUACAGCAGCUCCGGCGUGCAUUUUGUGAAUCCCGUCUAUGAUGAGACAGAGUUCAACAUCUGAGCCACUGUGAUCUGCAACAGGAGAGGUUUCUGGCCUUGAAUUUCUGUCAGUUUGGAUUCUCCAAUGGUGUAGAUGAUUCUGAGAAGUCUGAAAUCGCCUAAAAUUAUGGCUAACAAGAUUUAUUGACAGGAGGACAAAUGAGAGCAUCGCCCGAGAAUCGCAGAGCAGUCACUGCCAACG